CAGAAGUUUUUAUACAUGCUAUAUUCUUGAUUCAGCAUUAUUAGUUCCUUCUCCGUGGGUUGAUCUGGAGCAUCAUUCCAAAUCAAAGGCUUUCUCUGCACUUGGUUUCGUUCUUGUUUUCCGGUUCAUAUAUUCUUAAAUCUCAUGGAGACCGUAGAAAUGAAGGUGGAGAUGGCUGGGAUACAUGAGAAAAGACUUCGGAAAUGUCUGUCAAAGUUGAAGGGGAUAGAGAAAGUGGAAGUGGAUGGAAAGAGUGAGAAGGUAACGGUGACCGGAUACCCCCAUCGCAACAAGAUCCUGAAAGCAGUGAGGAGAGGUGGCCUCAGAGCUGAUUUCUGGUCUCCUCAAAAUGAGCUCCUGCUCCUCAAUGCAUAUGCCUCCUCCGCCGCAGCGGCCCCCUUCCCCUUCAACAAUUUCACCUCCUUCUUCUAGACUCCUCGCUCCAUAUCUAAUAUAUCUAUACAUACAUGCUUUUCUUUCGGUUUCCUUAAAGAAAUAGCUAGCUAGGGAGAAAAUUAAUUAUGAUUCGUCGUUUAAUUUAGUAGUAGUAGUAGUAGUAGUUUUUUAUCAUCGCCGGAGUGACUUUUGAGGUAUGCAGCUGGCAAUUCCGGUGGCUGCAUCAAUGCAGGGCUUUGGCACAUACUUUUUCCUUCCUUUCAUUCCACGAAAAUAUGAGGAAAAAAAAAAUACCAACUUUAUUUAUUUA